UUAGAAACGGUCGAACCAUAACCUGCAUUUAGUUUUAAAUUGGUUGAAAUCGGUCACUAAAAAUAAUGUCAAGUUUAACCAUCAAGUCGUUCCAGCUGUUAAAUCGGUAUUCAAAUCAGGUUUUUAAGAAUACGUCAUUACAGAGUUUACGAACCCUCGAACAGUAUUAUUCGCAAGUUCGGUACUUAAACACUUGCAGGACAUUAUAUAAAAAUGAUCGCCUACAUGCAUUACCAAAGCGUAAGAAAGCCCCUUACCUGAUGUUAAAGUCACCCAUUACAUGGAGAAGCUUAAUAAUUACAAGUGUGUUUGGAGGAUCUCUUGCAUUAUUUUUGUAUUACUUACAAAAAACAAAAGACUUACAAAUACAACGUGAAAGGAGACGUGAAAUAGGAAAAGCAGCAAUUGGAGGAAAAUUUGAAUUACUAAAUACUGAAAGAAAGUUAGUCAAGUCGGAUGACUUUUUAGGACAAUGGAUCCUGAUUUAUUUUGGAUUCACACAUUGUCCUGAUGUAUGUCCAGAUGAACUUGAAAAACUGGUUUCGAUCGUCAAUAUUUUAGAGAAGGAUUACAGUUUAAAAGUUCAACCUAUAUUCAUUUCUGUGGAUCCUGAUAGGGAUACCCCAGAAAUUGUGGGAAAAUAUAUAAAAGAAUUUUCUGAUAAAUUUAUUGGUCUUACUGGGACAAACGAACAAAUUGCUCAAGCAUGCAAAGCCUAUAGGGUAUAUUACAGUAAUGGGCCUAAGGAUCAAGAUGCUGACUACAUUGUUGAUCACACUAUCAUCAUAUAUUUGGUAGACCCAGAUGGUUUAUUUGUAGAUUAUUACGGACAGACGCACACAGCUGAGCAAAUUUCACAAAGCAUCGUUCUAAAUAAAGCAAAGUUCGAUAGUUUGAAGAACGACUCUUGGCUUCCGCCGUUACCAUUUAAAAACCCGCUGCAAGCAGCAUAAGUUAUUUGUAUUAUAAACAUUUCUAUGUAGACAAUUCAUUUUCUAAUAUAUUUCGGCUGGUAUUAAAAAAAAUGUUUACAAUCA